AUGCAGUUAGAAGAUUCGGUGCCUGACACCAUAGCAGCUAGCAAGGCUGCCCAUGUAAAAUAUUUGGCCGAUGGUAAGGUAAUGAAGGUGCAGAAGACACGGCAGAGGAAAAUCCUCAGUUGUAUUCACUGCCACUCUAAGAAGAUCAAGUGCUCCAGGGUCCAGCCGGUGUGUAAUAAUUGUGAUAAGUUGGGGAUCACCUGCCAGUACUUUGUAAACAAGAGAGUUUCCAGAGGUGGUAAGAAGAAGGAAAAUGAUUCUGAGUUAAUCGACAUAAAGAACGAACCCAUGUCAGGUUGCUCAGAUGACGACGAGAGUCCGCAGCAUGUUCAUGCUGGUGUUGCUAUUGGCGGACUAGAUUCCAAUGGGGAUACAGAUGCAAACAAAGCAUUGGACAAUUCCCAAUUUACCACGGUGAGACAGCCACACGACUCUCCACUUCUGACUGGUAGUAACAAUAAUAGCGACAGGAGUCAUGAGGGCAUGCAUUCGAAUAGAAACAGUGAGGCCACAUCCGAGAGCUCAGAUUCGCUCCCUCAAGUGAGUGACCUUAACUUCAACUACAUAAUGGAACAAAAGAGGGAGCACCUUCCAGUUCAAUCCCUUGAAAGUCAGCAACAGCAACAGCAUCAUCACCAUCAGCAACAACAACAACAACAGCAACAACAGGUUCCUCCUUCCAUCAAUUCCGUCCUCCAAACACCAGUUAUGAACACCAAUAGUAAUAACAUAACGAACAACUUUUUUAACACAAACUAUUCAAACCAGACGCCACAAGAAGGUGGUGAUCCAUACAACUUUAGUAUGUCUACAUUUGUUUUUCCAGGUGCCGCAGAGCUGCCACAGGUAAAUGGAACUCCGCAAGUACUUAACUUCCCACCGCAGAACUUUACAAAUUUUAUUGACCAGCAGCAAAACCAGCAACAAAACCAGAACCAGAACCAGAACCAGACUGAGCUGCAACAAGUCUCACCGCAAGAUCAGAGAACUCCUCUGCAACAUCAACACAUGGAAGUAAACAAUUCAGUGGUGAAGGCUGCAAGACCUCAGCCAAAUAAUCCAGGGCUCCAUAAUUCCUUGAAUGCCUUCCCAUCAAAUCCUGAAACUACAAUGAAUUACCUUUAUGGUACCAAUACAAACUAUAACAAUGAGCAACUCCUUGAAGAGCUUCUCAAACAUCUUCCAUUAAGCAGAGAGAGAUCAUAUGAACUUACUGAUCGUUACGUAAACUCUGUGCAUAUUUUACUUCCAGUUAUGUGCAACAAGAUGGAAGGCUUUUUAUACGAACACGAUAAGUUCUGGGAUCAUAUGGAUCGAGUGAAAAAGAAAUCUAGCGCGGGAGGCUCCUUCAGUCCUACGAGCAGUACGAAUGGGAGUGUAUCCGGAGCUAGCUCAAAUAAUGGGAGCAGCAACAGCCCAGCGACAGAUCUAGAUAUACUUCAAUUCUAUACUCUCUACUUUCCAAUUUUAUACGCAGCGACCAUCUCAGAAUUUGAAGAGUAUGACAAUUUACUCCUUAAUCAAGAUAUAAAUCUUUACUUGAAAGCAUUCAACAAAAUCUGUCAAUACUAUAACUAUCCCCACGGGCUUAAAACCAUUCCAUUACUUCUUGGUAAUGUUAUUAUACAGUCUACAUCACCCAAUCCAUCGACUAUGGAAAUGUCACAAAUCAUUAGAUAUGCCAAGUUCCUCCAUAUGCAUAAGGACCCUAUUAUCACGUUAAGAAUCACGGAUUGGAAAGUUGUUAAAUUUAGAAGAAUGCUUUGGUGGUGUAUAUUUGGAUUAGAUUCCUUAACCAGUCAUAAUUUUUGCUUACCGCCAGUUUGUAAAUUUGAUGACUUCAACGUUUUGAUGCCACUGGAAGAUGAACCAAUAGAAAAUGGCAAUAAUGUUGUCAAUGGGUAUAAAUUGAAUGUGGGGGUGCUAAGUUUGAAGAUUAAGUUUAAGUAUGAUAGAAUAUUGAGCGAAUUAGUCUACAGGUUACAUGGGUUAACGGUAGACAUAAGCCCAGAAGAUACUGAAUUGAUAAAGACUAUGAUUGUAGAGCUUUUCGAGUACAUUCAGGAAUGUAUGGAUAAAAUGGCAGAUCAUUAUAGGGUUAACCCCCCUCUGACAGUUCAAGAAAUGAAUUUGAUAAAUUUUAUCAAAAAUCAUUCCUGGAGUUAUGUUGAUAGGGCUUUGAUGUUGUUACACAAGAAAAUUUUACUAGGUGACCCACAUUUCAGGGGGAAGAAUGCUAGAAAAUCUGCAGAAAUGGGUGGACUUACGAAUAAGCACAGUGGUAGCUAUGAUGACAUAAAAAGUGAGAGUGGAAGACAAUUGAGUGCUCUUUUGGCCAAUUCCUCUCGAGGACUUUCUUUUGGCGAGUACGAAGACACUUUUGGACUUGUACAAGAGGCCAACAUAAUUUCCAAUUUCGAUGGUUCUACUAUUUCUCAGCUAAAAUUCAAUCAAUAUGAAGAUUUUACCUACCUGAAUCUCCAUAACAAUCUUAUUCCAUCUAUUCUUCAUAAUUUGAAUGACUUCCUCAAGUACAACGACUUCAUCAAGUUUGGUAAAUACAACUGGUAUGUGAAACGUACAAUCCCGUUGGAUCUGAUUAUUUUGAUGUUUAUUGUAAUAACUGUCAAGUUUAAAUACGAGUUCAUGACCAUAAAUGAAAUAGGUGUUUAUGUCAAACUAAUCAAUAAGUCACUUUUUAUUUUAAACAGGAAGUGGUUUAAGAAUGAAAAAUAUAAGAGAAUGCUUUCACUCGCCAAUUUGACAUGGGAAUUUAUGUUGAAAAAGUACAAUAUUAUUAAUAUUAUCAAUCAACAUAGCCAGCAAAUGGAAAUUCAGAAUGAAGGAUCUGGUAAUGGAGGAAAUUCAGAAGGAGGGUUUGGAGACUCUGGGAAGCCUCUGGGAAGGAUAGAGUUCUUUGAUUAUCAAGUUACUGGUUAUCUUAAUAUGAAUGAACUUUUCAACGUCAUGGAUGUCCCACAGCCCGUAUUGAAUAAAGUUAGAAGUGCCUCUGAAAUGAACAACAGAAGAUCUUUAGAGAAUGGAAACAUUAAGCAAACCGGAGAGAAUGGCAAGAGCAACAACAAUGACAAUGUGAAAAAAAAUAGUACUUCUUCAAAUUCAAUAUUCUUUACUAAUAGUAUAAUAUCUUCACAGCAGAUUAACGAAAGUAACAACCAUGUGAGAGAAGCUGAGUUAAUGCAAUUGAAUGAAAAGAUUUACUAUGACUUGAGAAACAAUUUUGUCGAUAUCAAUGAUUAUUGUGCGUUCUACUCAUCUUUGGAGAAUAUAAUUCAUGAAUUGAUGGAUUACAUAAAUAGGUAA